ACAUGUAUAAUAGAUCAUACAUAUAUGUAUAUAUCUAUACUUUAUACUGUAAUUGUGUAGUUCUAUAGUAUGAUAUUAUAGUACUAAAUACAUCUUAUAAAUAAUACUAUUUAACAGUUAGUAAACACUAGUCAUGGCUUAUCCAAAUACAAUGUAUGGUUCAACUAAUCCUGAAACACAAAUAAGUCCAGAAGUGCAGCAAUGGUUUAGUACUGUUGAUAGGGAUGGCAGUGGAAGAAUCACAGCUAUAGAAUUAAAAUCUGCAUUGGCAAAUGGACAAGGGGGUACAUUUUCAGAUACAGCUUGUAGGCUUAUGAUAGGAAUGUUUGACAAGGAAAAAAAUGGUACAAUAGAUUUAUUUGAAUUUCAAGCUCUUUAUAAUUAUAUUAAUGCAUGGCUAGGUGUCUUUCGUGGUUUUGAUCAUAAUAAUUCUGGAAGUAUACAAGAAAAUGAAUUAAGUACAGCUUUAACUCAAAUGGGAUAUAGAUUAAGUCCAAAAUUCAUUUCAUUUUUAAUAAAAAAAAGUGAUCCUAUUGGUCAUUCUACUAUCACUAUAGAUCAAUUUAUUGUAUUAUGUGUUCAAAUUCAGAGAUUUACAGAUGCUUUUCGAAUAAGAGAUAAUGAACAAACAGGAGUAAUCACUAUUGGAUUUGAAGAUUUUUUAGAAGUUGCACUUAAUUGUAGUGUAUAAUAAUUUUUUUUAUUAAAUUUAUAAUUAUAUUUAUUUUAAAAUACAAAAAUUAGUAGUAAUUUAA